AUGCCCCCGGAAACGAGAAAACAUGAAUACCUCUACCAACCUUGCGACCUGGUCCCUCCCGUAGGCGAAAAGCUGAUGGCGCAUCUCUUCCACCACCCCGAGGAUGCGAAUGAGAGGUCGAUAACAUGUCUCCGAGCGCCGAAAAAGCGCAAAGCCAAGCUCUCAGUUUGUCCACAGCAAGGCACCAGCGUGGGAUGGGGAAUCCAUCUCGUCGAAGGCUGGGUCGUCGCAAGAGUCUGGCUUCUCAUCCUCAUCUUGUUCAUCUUCGGGAGCCUUGCUUUUGGCAUAUGCUGGGCUGCACUGCAACACGAUGUUCAAACAGCUUUUGCCGUCUCGGCGUAUAUUGUGUCUCUCGGUGGCCUUGUCGCUGGGACUAUGCAGGCUUUUAUGGCAUGA